AUGCCAGUAAUGUUUUGCGGAAAAUGUAGGAAGUUUAUAUCCGAAAUCGAGUUCCGUCUUUCGGUGAAAACUGGGGCUGUCUCCCAAGAGUCGUGGGCUAGGGUACAUUAUAGUAGUUCGGGAGAAGUUUUAGGAGCUAGAAGGGGAGGAUCUAGAUCGGACGAAGUUGGACUUGGAAAACUAAGGCCUAUUCCCGGAUUAAGGCCGAUCCCACUUAUCCAGCAAAGUGGAUACAGUGCUGAAAAUAAUGUAGACGAAGAUGAAUUAAGAGACUUGUUGGGAGAGUAUGGAAUCGAAUUUCUUACCGAUGAAGAAAGGCAGAAGAACUUCGAACAAUUACAAAAAGAUAUGUAUGGAGAGGAUCUGGAGAAAGACGAACAGAUGAAAAAGGAAGAUGUAUACCGUAAUGGGGAAAAAGACGUAUUUGUAAAAAGACCACAGAAAACUUAUUAUUAG